GCUUUACCACAUGUCUAGUGACCGAAGGUGACGUGAAACAUAUAUCCUUAAUUGUCCUGAGUGUUCAGAAUGUGUUGCUAGCCUAUUCAUGAAAGGCUUACGCUGUAAUGACCUGAUGUUUAAGUGGGACUGAAGAUGAGUAUUAGCAGUGAUGAGGUCAACUUUCUGGUAUAUAGAUAUUUGCAAGAGUCUGGUUUUUCCCAUUCAGCAUUCACGUUUGGUAUAGAGAGUCACAUCAGUCAGUCCAAUAUUAAUGGUGCCCUUGUGCCACCAGCAGCUCUCAUCUCGAUCAUACAGAAAGGUUUGCAGUAUGUGGAGGCCGAAGUCAGUAUCAAUGAGGAUGGCACACUAUUUGAUGGGCGACCCAUUGAGUCCCUUUCUUUAAUUGAUGCUGUAAUGCCUGACGUGGUGCAAACAAGGCAGCAAGCUUAUAGAGACAAGUUGCAGCAACAACAAGCAGCAGCAGCCGCUGCUGCAGCUGCAGUCAGUCAACAAGGGGCUGCAAAGAAUGGAGAGAAUACUGCAAAUGGAGAGGAGAAUGGAGGACACACAGUGACUAAUAACCAUACAGAUAUGAUGGAAGUUGAUGUAGAUGUGGAUAUACCAUCCAAUAAAGCUAUGGUAUUGCGUGGACAUGAAUCAGAGGUUUUCAUAUGUGCCUGGAAUCCAGUCAGUGAUCUCUUGGCAUCUGGAUCAGGAGACUCAACAGCACGGAUAUGGAAUCUUAGUGAAAAUAGUAGUGGUGGCCCCACUCAGCUCGUACUUAGGCACUGCAUAAGGGAAGGAGGGCAAGAUGUACCAAGCAACAAAGAUGUCACAUCUUUAGACUGGAAUAGUGAAGGCACACUUCUAGCAACAGGUUCGUAUGAUGGAUUUGCAAGAAUAUGGACAAAAGAUGGUAACCUUGCUAGUACCUUGGGUCAGCACAAAGGACCUAUAUUUGCAUUAAAAUGGAACAAGAAAGGAAAUUUUAUCCUUAGUGCAGGAGUGGACAAGACAACUAUUAUUUGGGACGCACAUACUGGAGAGGCCAAGCAGCAGUUCCCUUUCCACUCUGCUCCAGCACUAGAUGUUGACUGGCAAAAUAAUAACACAUUUGCCUCUUGCAGCACAGACAUGUGCAUCCAUGUCUGUAAAUUAGGUGCAGACAGGCCCAUCAAGACAUUCCAGGGACACACGAAUGAAGUAAAUGCAAUCAAGUGGGAUCCAACAGGGAAUCUACUUGCAUCUUGUUCUGAUGACAUGACCUUGAAGAUCUGGAGUAUGAAGCAAGAUGCAUGUGUUCAUGAUUUACAAGCGCACAACAAGGAAAUCUAUACUAUUAAGUGGAGUCCUACAGGACCUGGUACUAACAAUCCAACUGCCAAUCUUAUGUUAGCAAGUGCUUCAUUUGAUUCCACUGUACGGUUAUGGGAUGUGGACCGAGGUAUCUGCAUCCAUACUUUGACCAAACACCAGGAACCUGUAUACAGUGUAGCAUUCAGCCCAGAUGGCAGGUACUUGGCUAGUGGCUCCUUUGACAAAUGUGUUCACAUCUGGAACACACAGACAGGUGCUCUUGUCCAUAGCUACAGGGGAACAGGAGGCAUCUUUGAAGUGUGCUGGAAUGCAGCUGGGGAUAAAGUGGGUGCAAGUGCAUCAGAUGGUUCAGUUUGUGUGUUAGACCUGCGGAAAUAGCGUUGCUAGCUGGAAGCCAUGGACCGACAAUGAAUGUGUACAUAGCCAAAAUGACUGUCCCUGCCCCAUGCACUGCUACAGUCUCACUUGAACCAUGGCCAGUCCACUACAGCCAAAUCAAGUCAGAAUGCAACCCAGGACAACAGAGCCCUGAUGUGAAGAGUAACCUGACUGCUUAAUGCUGGAAGCUCCACCCACAAAGAAAAGUUGACUUUUCUUGAAGGUUUAAAACAACUUGAAAAAAAAGACUUGACAUGAGACCAUAUGUGUACCAAAAUGGGAAGAUAAUAUCAGAGGACAAAAAUAUCUUUUAUUUUUUUGGUCCAGAGUCUAUGUAGAAUGAGUUAUCUUGUCAGCAGUUCAGCAGAUCUGUGUGCAGACAUAUCAGCUUCUUUAAAACAGCAGCAAAUAGUUUGUUCCCUUGUUUUAAACAUUGUUUUAUCACUUUAGUUUACAGUUGCAUGAUGUAGGAGAGUGACUGUAUCUUGUUUAUCUUGUUUUUUCCUACUGACACUUAACACAAUUAGAAAAAAACUUUUUUAUGGAUACUAUAAGCAAAAUAACAGUGUAUUUGGUAUUUUUUUGGUACAUUUUGUGGCUCACAAAUCAAUAUGUGGGGAAAGAUUAAACUGCUCCAAAAUUCAAUAUAAAAUUAGUUUCAAUGUACAUCAGGCAUAGGUAACAAGUUGUGGUUUACAGGUGAUGUGGCUAAAAUGUAGUAGUUUCUUAAUGGGGACAUGAUUCUGCCGAUUUAUGAGAAUUAAACAAAUGGGCACAAAGAAAGAGAAUCGAUGCAGGGAUGCAUCCCAUUGCUUUAAGACCAUAGUUUGCAUAUGGUUGGAUUGUGCACUAUUGAUAGAGCAGCUUAUAGAAUUUUGAAAGAUAACUUUUCUGGACAGAGAAUUAUUGCUGUUAUUCUACUUAUUCUUUGGUAGAACUAACUAAAGCAUAAUUUUCAUAGCAAGAUUCCAGUAUUAAGGACGCAAGUCCAAUAAGCAAUGUCUUUAAAAACCUAUCCAGUGCAAUGAGAUAAACCUCCCUUCCCCCUCCCUCUGCCAUUGGGCAGAAAUCAUGCAGGCAUAUGUUUUAUGUUAAUGCUAAGGUAAGGGUUGACUUUGCUUUUAUUUUCUUUCCUUGGUGCUCAUGUAUUACACAUGGGUUCAUCUUGGCUCAGCCCUCCAAUAUACUUGCACUUGCUGUAUUGUUCAGUAAAGUGCAGGUGGUAUAAUUGCAAUAGUUUUUUUAGAAUAAAAGUAUAUUCUAUAAAGUAUAGCAUAUCUGAGCUUUAAAACCUCAGGGGACCCUUCUUCAGAUGAAGUGGUUAAACAAAUAUUUCUGCUACAAGACACUCAAUUACUUUUUCACACGAAGAAAAGACGUUUGAGGUUUCAAAUCCUUGGAUUUAAUGCGUUAUAAAAUCUUAGAGUAACAAAGGUAUUCUUCUAUUUCCCAUGUCCCAUGCAGCAACAGAUCAAUGAAAUGAGUUUCCUGUUGCAAAAGCUUUAAUUCACUAUUUCAAACUUGAUCUGUUUUCCCAACAAUAAAAAUGAAAGACUGGCUGGUUUUUUUUUUGACCAAGACAACCUCUGCACAGAUGAAAGUUUUUUUGGUCUUUGGAGAAAAAUCUGUUAAUCAUAUUGGGAACUGAUCGUAGGCAACAUGGUGUAAUCAAAUAGCUGCUAUAUAUAAUCCACAGUCUCUGCAUCACUGAAGUCGAGCAAAAGGUUGGAAUGGCUCCUAGACUCUUAUUAUGGGCUAUUUGUCAAAUGUAGAUAAAUGAUUAGGCAGCUUUACCACAUGUAAAAGAAAGCCCAUUUCUUAUUUCCCAGCCUUUUGUUAUUUUCUAUUAAGGUGAUGAAUGAGACUGGGUUUUAUCAUUCUUUUGAGUUCUGCCCUUCGUUACAAAGUCUAAGUUAAAAAUCCUUGCAUUCUCCUCCUAUUAAAAAUAAUGCAUAAAGCAUCUUAUAUUUGAUGUUGACCUAAAGAAUUAAUGCUUUGGAGUAUCCCUAGCCUGGUUUUUAAUCAAACUGUUAAAACCUUUUCAGUUAAUCUUUAAAAAAAUAGAUACAUCAGUGGUACAGCAUUUGAGAGCUGACUAAUACUGUGGUAAAGAGACCAGAGGCAUUUAAAAAAAAACAGAUGCAAGUAGCUUUCUAUUUGUUGUUUCUGACACUGCUGGUGUAAGGACAAUUUUGAUUAAAGGUUUGCGACUAUCCAAAACUUGGGUCUGACUAGAACCUCUCACCUGAAGAUGGGAAUUUAUUGUAAUUGAUUUUUACAUCUGUCAAAUGUUAUAUGAUGGUGGCACUUUCCUUCCAAACAUAGGUUUGUUCUUAUUAUUUUUUGUAAGGGAAUCUGUACCUUAAUGAUCUGAGAAGAUUCCUGUUCAGAUCUGCUAGGUCUUUAGGAUCUGUCAAUCAGCAAAAUUGUCAUUGUUGGAACUACCUAAAGCUAAACAUAUUGCAUACACAACACAUAGCAAAUUCACAAGAAUUUCAAUGCUAUAAAAUUUAAAGCUCCACCCCUUGUUCAAACCAAUAUUGAGUGAAUAUGCUGAUGAAACUGCUCAUUUGUUCUAUAGCAAAUGCUCUUUUAGGAAGGGCUGCAAAUGAAACUUGACAGUUCAAAGUAAGUGAGGUGUUCAAAUUGUUGAAUACAGCGUUAGAUACAUUCAGUGUUCAAGAAUGAUUUCAGGGGCUAGCACUACUCCUUUAGCAGUGGAUUUACAUGUCUGCAUCAUUUCUACAGUUCUCUCAAAUUAAGAUUUUAAAAAUUGUGAACCUGUAAACCAGGCCAUGAAAGUUUUUUUCUACUAUUUGAACUCUUUAUCGUUCUGUUUUUAUUUGUACCUGUUAAAAAGACUGAUUUUUGAUGUACCAUACUGUCCUGGACCAUGUAAAUAUCACCUGAUAAUGUAUUUAGGUUUCACAUUACAUUAAUGAUUUUCCUUCUACCCCUUUCCCAAGUCUUCCUCCACCACUUCACCCUAAAACUUUCACCACCAAGAAACAUCUUCUGUUGCAGCUUCCCUUUGCAUCGUAUUGAUCUGACAACCAUAAUUUGCAUCAGAUCUGAAAGAGGUCCAGAAUAAAAUAUAUUUUGAUAUUA